CCCAGCUCUUUCCACAAGCCUCCUGGGGCACCAGACACCUCUCUUCAGCCAGGGACGACCUUAAGCAGGAAGUCUUCGGACACGGAGCUGAAUGGUCUCUCUCAUCCCCUCACCUCCCACCUAGCAGCUUUCUUGGGGUGCAGUGAAGCAGGUGUGCCCCUCAGUUUCUGCCUUGCCCCCACGUGACAGGAUGGCAUUAGUCCCAGGGCAGACCAAGAAGUCUGCUCCUCUCUGGCUCUGCUGGCUUUGCCCAGGCAAUCUCCACACCAGUACCUCCUUUUCCACCUUCAGCCCCACCCCUUCCUCUGGCUCCAUAGCCCUGGACACAGUACACACGGCCCAGAGUCCCCUCCUGGAAGGGAAAUAAAAGGAACUGUUCGGGUUCCCAUGGCUGUGGUCAACACCGACAUCCCAGGACUCAGCCCUCGGAAUCCUCACUAUAUUCCAGGGUACACUGGACACUGCCCACUGCUUCGGUACAGCAUGGGCCAGACCUACGGGCAGGUGACCGGUCAGCUCCUUCGAGGCCCUCCUGGCCUAGCCUGGCCUCCUGCUCACCGCAAGCUUCUGCCUCCCAUCCAGUCUCCAAGAUCUCCUGGGAUUUCCAGGGGGAGGCUACCUCCCAGGCGCGGGCAUGAAAGGCUCAGCUCCAGCAUAGUCCCUGGGUAUACAGGUUUUAUACCGCAGGCACAGUUCAUGUUUGCCAAGAACUGCAACCAGGUUUGGGCUGAAGCUAUGAAUAACUUUACGCAAAGGCAGGGGCAGCGGGAGAGUCAUGAGCUGUCAAAGGAGGCCGGGGGAGGAAAAGAGGCCGAGAAAGACCAAAGACCCGAGGCAGAGGAGCCCGAGCUGAAGCAGGAGGUGGCCCAAACGUCCCCGUACUCCAUGGAUGACACAGAUCCCCAGAAAUUCUUCAUGUCAGGCUUCACUGGCUACGUGCCCCGUGCCCGCUUCCUCUUUGGCUCCAGCUUUCCCGUGCUCACCAACCAGGCACUGCAGGAAUUUGGGCAGAAGUGCUCAAAGGGCAGAGUGCAGAAGGAUCCCAAACCUCUUUCUCCACUCCCCAGGCCCAACUUCCAGAACCUGGGUCUCCUUCCUCACUAUGGAGGCUAUGUGCCAGGGUAUAAGUUCCAGUUUGGUGGGACAUUUGGGCACCUCACCCAUGAUGCUCUGGGCCUCAGCACCACUCAGAAACAGCUCCUGGCUUAAGUACCAGGAUUUCAAGGUCUUUUUGUCCUAUCCUGGCGAUCUUUUUGUUCUAUCCUGGCGAUCUUUUUGGAAGGAAGAGAGGCAGGUAGGGGGAGGGGCACAAAGAAAACAGUUUGGAGGCUGAGCACCUUUUUAUUAAUAGGCAUAAUAAAUAAAUAAAUAAAUACAUACAUACAUAAA